AUCAUAUUUGUUUGGAUAAUUUAAUAACGUCAAACCAUUAUAAUAUUUAUUUUAUUAUUUACAAAACACAAUUAAUUACGAUACACUUUUAGAAAUUUAAUAUUAUCACGGUUUUUAUAUACUAUACGUAUAAGUAUUUGAAAUGCUAUCUCAUCGGUGGUUUGCUAGUUCCACGAGGAAAAUAGUUGGUCGCAAAAUACGAACUCCUAUUACCGGAUCUAUCCGCAAUGGUUCCUACUCCAUCACUCACCACCAGCACGAUUGCCUGGUGCUGGGCGCGGGCGGCGCGGGGCUGCGCGCGGCCAUCGGCCUGGCCGAGGCUGGCUUCAGCGUGGCGGUGGUCUCCAAGCUGUUCCCGACCAGGUCGCAUACCAUCGCGGCUCAGGGCGGCAUGAACGCCAGUAUAGGAAGUAUGCACGAGGACAAAUACCAGUACCAUUUCUACGACACAGUGAAGGGCUCUGAUUGGCUGGGAGAUCAGGACUCCAUACAAUACCUAACGCGAGAGGCUCCGCACGUGGUCUACGAGCUGGAGAACAUGGGCAUGCCGUUUUCCAGGACGAAGGACGGCAAAAUCUACCAGCGCGCGUUCGGAGGAGCUACUGUUUGCUUCGGACAGAAACCCGCUAAGAGGACUUGUGCUGUUGAAGAUCGAACAGGUCACGCCCUUCUCCACACCCUAUACGGAUACAGCACAAAGUUUGACAAUAUCGAGUUUUUCACCGACUUCUUUGUGCUGGACUUGUUGAAGCAAGACGACGCCAUGGUGGGGGCUUUAGCCCUUAAUAUGGACACAGGGUGCCUUCACAGGUUCCAAGCCGGCAACACCGUCAUAGCAACCGGGGGCUACCCUCGCAUGUACUUCUCGUGCACGGCGGCGCACACGUGCACGGGCGAUGGCUGCGCGUUGUUCACCCGGAAGGGGCUGCCGCUGCAGGACAUGGAGUUCAUACAGUUCCAUCCCACCGGUAUGUACGGCUCCGGCUGCCUGAUGACGGAGGGCUGUCGCGGCGAAGGCGGUUUCCUGGUCAACAGCGCUGGUGAACGCUUCAUGGAGAAGUACGCGCCGAGUGCCAAGGACCUGGCCAGCCGGGACGUGGUGUCGCGGUCCAUAGCUACGGAGAUCCGGGAAGGUCGUGGUGUAGGCCCCAAGAAGGACCACAUCCACCUCCAGCUGCACCACCUCGGCAAGGACAUCAUCAAGUCCCGUCUGCCGGGCAUCUCGGAGACGGCCAAGACCUUCACGGGCGUCGACGUGUACACUCAGCCGCUGCCCGUGCUGCCGACUGUACAUUACACUAUGGGUGGGAUCCCGAUCAAUUAUAAAGGAGAGUGCAUAGUCCACGUAGACGGCAAAGACCAGCCGGUACCAGGGCUGCACGCGGCGGGAGAAGCUGUCAGCAACUGCCACGGCGCGAACCGUCUCGGCGCCAACUCCAUCCUCGACAUCGUGGUGUUCGGCCGCGCCAUCGCGCACAACAUCGCCUGCCUCGCCUCACCGUGCGACAAACAACCAACGCUUAAACAUGACAUAUGCGAUGACAUCAUAGAUAAUUUGGAGAAAGUGCGAAACGCCAACGGGUGCAUGCCGACUCACAAGCUGAGAGCUAAGAUGAGGGAUGUGAUGCAGAACCAAUGUGGAGUCUUUAGGACUGCUGAGCUCUUGGACGAAGGCGAUAAGAUGAUUCAAGAGUGCUACCAGGAUUUCAAGAACAUUAAGGUGGUGGACCGCGGCGCGCACUACAACACCGACCUGAUAGAGACUCUCGAGCUGCAGAAUAUGCUGCAACUGGCUGUCCAGGUGGUGGCUUGCGCCAGGGCCCGCACCGAGAGUCGAGGGGCUCACUUCAGGGACGACUACCCGCAGCGAUGUGACGAGAUGGACUACAGCCAGCCUGUAGAGGGACAGUGUCCCCUGCCCAUAGAGAAACAUUGGAGGAAGCACAGUAUGUCCACACUGAAUAUGGAAACUGGUCAAGUUUGCCUCACCUACAGGCCAGUGAUCGACACAGUGCUGGACAAUGAAGUGGAAGCGGUGCCGCCAAAACCGAGAGUCUACUAAAUUAUUAUUCUAGCAUUAGUUGAACAUGAAAUAUUAUGAAAUCUAAUUUAUACUAAAGUAAUUUAUUGAUGCAGUAUUUUAAAAUAAAUAUCUGUCAUGAA